AUGCCAUGGUCUGAGCAACAUCUCCCGGGUGCCUCGGUCCUGGUGGCCCUCCUGAGCCUUCCGCUGGCGCUCUGGUGGCUCUUCGGGACCCAGUGGUGGGGAGCGCCCAAGACGCAAGAGCCCCGAGGGCGCAUGGCCUUGCCAGAGGGCAAGGUGCGCUUCAGGCCUGGCCAGGAGUGGAAAGAAGUGCUUCCUGAGCAUCUUCUACCUCCGGGCUUGGACGUCCGCUUUGACUUGGAUGGCGGCCGGAACUUUGCGAGGCUCCAGCCUGGGCAAGUUGAUCGACCGCCCAUCGACUCAGCAGACGAGGUGAGUGUGGAGAAGCUGCUCAGCGACGCAGCGACCUGGGGUCAGCAGGAGCGGGUGCAGAAGGUUCUCCAGAGCUGCUACUACCGGUUGGAGAUCCUGAACCGGCCCUUGGCCGAAGCUGCUGGACGUGGACACAUCGACGUGUGCAAGGCGUUGCUCGCGGCUCGGGGGGACCCGCUUAGCCGGGGUGCGAAGGGCGUCACACCCCUGCACCGAACUACCAUGGAAGGCCAUGAGGAACUGGCAACACUGCUGCUUCAGCGGUGCAUUGAGACAGGAGUCAUGGAUGCCUUGGCGAGGGCCGAUGACUUGGGCAGAACCUGUCUCGACUGCGCUGAGGAGCAGGACUUGCAUGCCAUGGCGCGCCGGUUGAAGGCUUCGGAAGCGACGAAUCUGGUCCGGUACGCGCCUGAGCUUCAAGCGCAAAGCAUCGACGUGGACUGA